UAUGAAGCAAUGCUGCAAGUCCUGGUAUGGCCACCACGAUUCCAUGGAAAUGUCUCUCAUGACGACCACUCAGGCGUGUAUUUAUUCCCAUUUCCCGCAACCUUCGCUAUGUCGAAGCAAAGUGAUAGUGAGCGGGUAAUCGCAGAUGCGGUUGCGGAGAAGGUCCGAAUAUUCUGCUGGAUUCUGACUUGUAAGCAGAAUCAUCAGCAGAGGGCUAUACAUGUGAAAGCAACUUGGGCAAAACGCUGCAACAAGUACGUGUUUAUAUCGUCAGAAGAUGAUCCCGACUUACCCGCAGUCAGUAUGAAUAUUUCUAACGACCGUGAUCAUCUGUGGGCGAGAACUAAAGCUGCGUUCAAAUACAUACAUGACCGCUAUUUGGUGACUUUUAACUAUAGUCUACAAAUCUGA